AUGUAUGAUUUAAUUACAAAUGCUGUCGUUAAGCAGUUGGUCGGUGAGAGUUCAUCUUACAGAGAAAUCUUAGAAGAGAAAUUGCGGGCGGAAGAUUAUGAUGAAGAAAUCUUCAACACAAUUACUUUCAGACAGGGAGAUGGUUUGGCUACCAUUAAAAGUUUAUUUAAUCCGGAAGAGAUUGGGACCGACUACUGGACAAUAACACACUACAAGUGUAAAAACAUUAAAAAUGUUCCUCAAAAGGAGAGGUGGCGUCACUCUGAGGCAACUGUCAAGAUAACGACUUCUGAUAAGUCAAAAGACCAGGCAGUGAAUAACAGUUUGAAUGAGACCAUGCAGGUCAUCUUUGACGUAAUAUUGAAAGACCCUGAACGUCGGACUAUAAGAAAUAAUGAGGAAGAUUUCAUAAUUCCAGAAGACACAGAUCCAGAUAUGAUGUAUAUUGUAUAUGACGGAACUUGA